AUGGCAACUGAACAGGACAAUGAAUUUUGUUCCUUCAACGUUGGUGGUUGUUUUUUUUCCAUCCGGUUCAACCGACUUUCUCACCUUCAGGACUCCUUGCUUUUCAAAGACACGUCUUCUGGUCAGAAACCACGGUGGUUUAUCGACAGAGACGGAUGCACAUUCAGACAUGUACAGUAUUAUCUACAAACUGGAAAACUAGCUACAUCAUGUGUAUCAGAACUAAAUAUUUUAUAUGAGCUUACUGCAGGUCUACGUCUAACGUCACUGCUGCAGGCCUUAGAGAACCUCCAGUCAGGGAAGCAUUUCCUGCGAGACCGGCCAGUAGACCUGCAGGUGACUGAGAGAGCCACCCUGAACUACUGGAAGACCAGAAUCUGUAACACCAGAGAACCUGAACCCAUAGCCAGCCCAGUGUCCUCAGGUCACGAUGCGGUACCCCUGGGUCUGGUGGGGACUCCUCUGGUCGACGGCGACGAGGAGGUGCUGUACUGCUUCGUUCCCAUGGAGACGGUCCGCCUGUACCCCGCCCUGGUGACGCCUCACAACCUGCUGUGGCUGUGUGACGACCUGGUCGUCAUCGAGUGUGACAGCUCUCUCUUCAGAUUCAUAGCUAAUUACCUUCAGACCGGAAGCAUCUUACUGCCAGAGGACUUCAGUGAUCAUGACAGGCUGAACCAGGAGGCCAGAGCGGCUGGCAUGACGGACUUCCUGGAAGAGUUACAGAAACGACCCGAAUUGAUUGGUGAUGACAUCAUGCAGCCUCAAGAUGGCUGCCCUCAGAUCUAA